UCGGCUGGGGGGGCAUGGCUGGGGGCUGUCACUGCACUUCCUGUGUUUGUCACUUUUCUGAGCGAAGCAGAGACGGGGCCGGUGGCUGAGCUGAGAACCCAGCUCCCACCCCAGAGCGACCGGCUCCACAUGCCGCUAACUCACCUUCUGCCAGUGCUGGCCUGUCUCCUGACUGUCCCACAGCUGGUCUCACCUGCAGGAUUUCCAGACGUGGCUCCCCGGGCCCCGACACUGUCUGUGAACCCCCACAGACCUGCCUACCUCUCCGGGGAAUCCCUGAGCCUUACCUGCUCCGCGCCCGGAGCGGACCAGGUGGUGCAAUUCCAGCUGUGGAAGGACGAGGCGGCACAGUCCCCCAUGGACAGCCACAGGCAGCGAGUUCACAGCUUCCCUCUGUCACAGCUCAGGGUGCAGGACUCCGGGACAUACACCUGUGUGUACCUCGUACAGCAAUCCAAAGGACAGCGCCAAUCCUGGAGGAGUAACCCCAUCUCCAUCUCUGUCUAUGGUACUGUCAGCACCUGCUCUGGGGCUGCGGCUGUGUGA